AUGCAAAUCUUUCUUGACUGUGCUAAUUCUCUGUGUGUUCCAUUAGCACAAGAAAAAACAGAAGGUCCUUGUGAGGUCAUUAUAUUUCUGGGUUUAGAAAUUGAUACAGUGCAGAUGGUGGUGCGUAUUCCUCAAAGUAAAGUGGAAGAAGUCAUUAAGAAAAUAGAAGAUCUAAUUGGGGAACAGAAAACUACACUGAGAGAAAUGCAAUCUUUGAUUGGCUAUUUAAAUUUUUGUUGUAGGGCUAUAGCAGUUGGCAGACCUUUUUGUAGAAGGCUUAUUAAUUCUAUUUGCGGCUUAACAAUGCCACAUCAUCAUCUGCGCAUUAGUAAGGGUGUAAGAUUAGAUCUUGCUAUGUGGUUAAAAUUUUUCAAAGCUUUCAAUGGAAUUUCUGUUUUUCAUGACAGGUAUUGGUUGUCAAAUGUUGAUAUGAAUUUGUAUACCGAUAGCGCUGGUGGUCCCAACCUGGGAUUUGGUAUUUACUUUCAGGGACAAUGGUCAUAUGCACCUUGGCCUGCUGACUGGCAUAGUGCUGACAUAACUAAAGACAUAACGGCACUGGAGUUGUUCCCAAUAUUGGUGUCUUUGCACAUUUGGGGUAGUCAGUUUCAAAACAAAAAGAUUAAGUUCAACUGCGAUAACAUGGCUGUAGUUCAUAUUAUCAAUACAAUGACAUCGAGGUCAGAUAAUGUUAUGUGUAUUUUAAGGUUAUUGACUCUGGCAUGUUUGGAUAACAAUACUUUGAUUAGAGCUCAACUUGUUGAAGGUUCGAAAAAUCUCAUUUGUGAUGCAUUAUCUCGCUUACAGCUCAACAGGUUCAGGGACUUAGCUCCAGAAGCAGAACUCGAACCAUGUCCGUUCCCAACCCAUCUGUGGAAUGUCUUCAAUCCAGAGCAAAGCAACUGUUGA